AUGAGUUCCAACGACGUCAUCCCCAAUUCUCCCGCCGGGUGGAAGCAUUAUUCUGAAUCCCACUCACUACCAACCCUACCUCAAAGAACAAACCUUGUAGCCAAAGAUAGCAAAUAUGUACUCCGAGACAUAUAUGUCGAUGCACCAGCUGCUAUUGCCACAUCCACGUCUAGCUUCACCAAUAUCUAUGCAGAUGUAUUAGCAUUUCCUACGCCAAACACAACUAUCACAAUUCCACAAGAUGGUGUAGUCAAUCUUGUCUGCCGAACUGUGACGGCAAGCGGACCUCUUACUCUAACUCUCGAUCACGCUACCACCGACGAAUCGGUGUUUAUGAUAUAUGGAUCCACAUUCGACCAACCAAUAUCCUACAAACUCAAUUCAAGUACCACUCCUGCAAUCACACUUGACCUCUCUCCAUCAUCCGGCAAUCUUGGUGCACAAAUUGAUAUUAUUAACGGCGAAGCAACUCUCACUUACCUGGACCGCUAUGUAGACUUAUCCAUGUCUGAUGUUGAGUUCAAAAAUUGCCUUGUCACUCAACUCCGAAUUGCGUCUAUUCUCUUCUGGAUCCAACCUAGUCUUGCACUAGCGUUAACAUCCCACGUAGCUAGGGCGACUGAUUCUUCAGAGGCAGGCGCACUCCUUAAUCUACAAGCCCAUGCUCUGGGUCAGCAGAUUACUGCCUCAGUUCUAACAGGGCCAAACAUGAAUUAUGCGCCAGUCUUGACACUAAGCUUGUACAAACAAGUUCUAGAUGGUGCCAUCGCAACGACAUCUGCAUUCGAAACCCAAUACAAUCGAUUUUCAGACAAGGGAACUGCUAUUGCAGAUCAAAAAAUCGCAUGGAAAGCAAUGCUAGAUCAAACGGUUGAUUCCAUCGCUCUUCAACAAACCCUUGUUAAUAACGCAUUAGCAAGAUGGAAUAGUGCAACAGCGAUAUUGAAUAGUGCAGAGGCUACAUUGAGAGCUCACCAGAUACUACUUCAGAAGAGACAGUGGCAAUUUCAUGCCGGGAUCGAAGUAUGGAAGAUAAAGCAAACAAUUAACACAAUUGUCGAGGUUCUUCAAGUUGUGGUUGGAUUCGCAAUGGCGAUCGGUGAGCUGGCAAUCGGAGAUCCUGCCGGAGCAGCCGCCGCACCAGCUGCUGCAGCAUCAGCCGUAAAAGUUGCCACUAAAGCAGCAAAUGUAGAAAACUCAUUUCUUAAGCCACAGACCAUCAAAGCUAUCAAAAGUAGUACAGAAGCCGUCUUCAAGCUUUACCAAAGUACUAGUACAUCGGUGAAUGAUAUCCGGAUUAAAAUUGAUCGUGGGACAGACAACACAUCAAAAGUAGUUUUGAAUACCGCGGGAGGUGAUGUCUCUGGUGAUAAUCAGCCUAACGCAGAUCUUGCUGAAAUUUUGAGUCUGGCUGCCUGGGAUGACUGGAUGCUAGAGAGCGAUGCGCAGAUGGCUUAUGCGGUUGCGCAAAGUAUUGGAGGGGCGGGGGCGUACCAGUUGGAGCUGAGGCGACAUGCUAUCGAUGGGAAGCUUCUUGUUCAGGCAAGAGCGCAGGCUGUUAAGCUUGGCCAGGAAUACAUCCAGCUCCGGCUCCAAUUGCACGCAACACAAGCGAAUAAAUUACGUCUGCAGCAGCUAUAUGAUACUUACCAAGGAGAAGAAGAAGCGGCUCUCGAGGCCCAAGGCUAUUUCUACGAUCAAGUAUCAAUGCUUCGUAAUAGCAUCAUGGUUUAUAUGAGAGAUGCUGUAUGGGCAUACAAAUACUAUACUUUAAGUGAUAGUUCGAUUGCUUUGGAUCCCUUGAAAACUACGCUUCAGUAUCAGCAGGACUCCCAGAUGAUUUUGCAGGAAGUUACUUCGUGUAAGGAGAACUAUUCGAGUGAUUUUACACCUUUCAGCCUUGGUAUUCAAACUCUUGAGCUCCCACUCAGCUACCCCAACAGCGUUGUAACGGCUCUUCAGUCUGAUUCCCAUUCUGUCACCAUAACCUUCUCGCCUUCCGUCACUUCCACCUCCACUUCCACCUCCAUCACUCCAGCUAUAUCAAGUUCUAUUCUACCUCCUAUAACUGGGCCCUUCACCAGCGGAUCGCGCUUCCGUGUUUUCGGCAUGCGAGCUUUUCUCCUCGGCGCCAAACCCCUUCCUUCAUCCUUCUCCUCAGUUACCUCAAAAGCCCCCAUCCUCCUUACAAUAUCCACCUCGGGAAUUUACAACGAUGUAAAAGACAACGUCGUAUACGGAUAUACGAUGAAACCGUUAGAGCGAACAUUUAAGUACAUGGUGGCGAAAGAUGGAACAGUGCAAUUACCGUACACUUUUGAUAGCAUUAUUCAUAGUGCGGAUUAUGUGGAUCCGACUGCAUUUGCACAGUGGACCGUGAAGAUUGAGAAUGCAAAUAGUUUGGAUCUGAGUGGUUUGACGGGUUUGGAGUUGUACUGGGAAGGAAAUGCGAGAUUGAAUCAUGGGGGUGGGAAUGCUUGA